CGCGCCGGGAGCGCGGCGGGGCUAGGCGUGGGGCGCGCCCGGCAUGUCCCUGUACCGCAGCGUCGUGUGGUUCGCCAAGGGGCUGCGCGAGUACACCAAGAGUGGCUAUGAAUCUGCAUGUAAAGACUUUGUCCCUCAUGACUUGGAGGUCCAGGUUCCUGGAAGAGUCUUUUUGGUCACUGGAGGAAACAGCGGCAUUGGCAAAGCAACUGCCCUUGAAAUCGCCAAGCGAGGUGGCACAGUUCACCUGGUUUGUCGAGAUCAAGCCCGAGCAGAAGAUGCCAGGGGUGAGAUCAUCCGGGAGAGCGGUAACCAGAACAUUUUUCUGCACAUUGUGGACUUGUCUGAUCCCAAGCAAAUCUGGAAAUUUGUUGAAAAUUUCAAGCAGGAACAUAAACUCCAUGUUCUGAUCAAUAAUGCAGGUUGCAUGGUCAAUAAAAGAUUGCUCACAGAGAUGGACUUGAAAAAAACUUUGCUACCAAUACUCUGGUGUGGACAUCUUUUCCUGUCGGUACAUGAGGCUCUAAGGCAUCUUUCUUCCAGUCCUGGGAAAAGGAACAUUUGGCUUGAAGGAUCCUCGGAAGGAGGGACUGCCCCUCAGGUGGCCACUUGCCCUCUUGUUGGGGGCGGGUGCGGGCAGACAGUCCCCACAUCAGUCCUGCAGGACCCCCUGAGUUGGGGCUUCCUGCGGCCCCCUCAUGGGAUGCUGUGUGCUGCCUCAGGUGUGUACAUUCUCACGACCGGCCUGAUCCCUGUGCUGGAGAAAGAACACGACCCCCGAGUGAUAACUGUCUCCUCAGGAGGAAUGUUGGUUCAGAAACUGAACACCAAUGAUCUCCAGUCCGAAAGAACACCAUUUGAUGGAACUAUGGUCUAUGCACAAAACAAGAGGCAGCAAGUGGUUCUGACGGAGCAGUGGGCCCAAGGGCACCCGGCCAUCCAUUUUUCUUCCAUGCAUCCUGGCUGGGCCGACACCCCAGGUGUGAGGCAGGCGAUGCCGGGGUUCCACGCCAGGUUCAGGGACCGCCUGCACUCCGAGGCCCAGGGCGCGGACACCGUGCUGUGGCUGGCCCUCUCCUCUGCCGCAGCCGCACAGCCCAGCGGCCGCUUCUUUCAAGGAUACCACAAAUCUCUUGGUGGCAAAGGAGAGCUUUUACUGCUUGCCGUGGACUAUAUUCUAAACCAGCAGAAACUAGAGCAACCUGAGUGAUGGUUGCGGCGCUGAGUGCAAGGCUCAGAUUAGAUUCUCGCCUUAACCUGAAGCGGUCUGCAGGCUGCAGGAACUUACUCUUCAUCUGUGAUGGCCUCGUGGCAGCUGUCACAGACCCUCACUUCAAACUCGAAGCCCAUCAGGGGGAUGGAGGAGCGCUUGGAGCUGCACUUGCCACAGACAGCCUUCCCACACUUGCGGCAGUGGUGCUGGAGGAGGGAGAUAAAAUAGAUACUCAUCACGGCUCCCUCAGCUCCUGAGGCCCCUGCAUCUCACCCCUCCUGGCAGAGAGGUGUAAUCAGCUGCAUCCAGGUGAGGAUGCUGAACAAGAGAGCCCCAGAACUAAAGGGAACACAUUGGAUGUGUUCUUCUCUGGGGCUCUGUUUAUUCAACAAGGACUGUUGGGUAACAUACCUGACAGGGACACCACCCCACUCUCCUGCUUUCCCUAUUCUUGGUCCUUUCCAAUGAUCAUACUAGGAACUACAGAGGAACCACCCAGGGGCCAGGUGAUCUUAAAGCUGGGUGUCUGAGAAACUGCCGUCUCAGGAGAUUAUGCUGCUGGAUGAAGGAGAACAUGCAGGAAACCUGAUUCAAUCUGCUGACUUUGGCCAUGGUAAGCCUAGGUGACCUAACAUUUGAUUUCCUUGGGGAAGACCAAACAGAACCAUGGAAUCAGAGUGAAAAUGCUGUAUUAUAAGUAGAUCUAAAUAACUAAAAUUAAUCAGAAGGAGGGAAAGUAAAAUAAGGAGAGAGAAACAACACUUAUAUAAUUUCAUGGUCUGGUUUCCAUACGAACUAAGCAUGACACCUCUAAUUGUAAGGUGCACUGCAAUAGAGGCCAAUAGAAUUCUAAAAUCACAUCCCUAACUGCUUACUGGGAACCAACCACUACAGAAACUGAAUCCAGUAGGAAUGAGCUAUGGUAGACAGAGUAAAUUACUGUGCAAUCACGAGGUGACUCCAGGAUGAUAAUUUACCCUCACCACAACUCCCACCCAGGGGUGUUAUUUCUUCUAAGAUCACAUGGUUGAGCUAUUUCCACAUAAUUACAUUUUGAUGAAGCAUCCAUAUCACUCACCUGUCUUAGACCAAUUUUCUUACUGUCCCACAUUUGCUUGAAGUUCCAGAAGAAAGGCUGAUCACACUUUUGGCAGGAAUCACUGUCCAACCAUUCAGGGGUCUUGUCAAAUAAAGCACAGAACAGGUCACUGUGGCCAGCAGUCAGGACAAUGGAAACCACUGACCCUGAUGAAACUUACGGAGCUAUCAGGAUGUGUUUAAAAGAAACAGAGGUGUGAUUUCUCAGUCAAUCAUUCAAAAAAUAUUUACUGAAUGCCUAUUCUGUGGCAGGCCCUGGGGAUGGGAUGCAGUGGUGAAUAAGAAUCUCCACCAUCAUGAAAAUAUGAUUAAUAAUUAUUUACAUAAGCAUAAGUGUGUGAAGGCCCAAGAGGGAGAAACACAGAGUGCUUUGGCAGAGAGAUCACAGGAGCCUCUGACCCAGGCUGAGGUUCUCAGACAAAUAAGACAACUGAGACCUGGGGAUGGCUGGAGCACAGAUGGGGAAAUGAGAGAUGAGGCUGGAGGGGGCAGUAUUAAUGUUUGUUUGUGAAACAAUUUCUCAAAUACCAGCUUAUUACCAUUAAAAUUAUGUAGUAAAAACAAAUAAAUAUUUAAAGAUAUGG